CAGAUGUCGUUGUUAAAAGUUGGCUUGAUGAAUCUGGGAAUAUUUGUGAGACAUUAUUUUGAGUUAUAAAUAUGAAAAAUCAAUUUGACUGGACAUAAACGAUUUUUAUUAAUACUAUUUUAGAAAUUUGAAUUAUUUGCUUUACUUAUUGGCUGUAAUUUAUUCAUUAAAAUUAUUUGUGCAUCAAACAACUGUCAACAUGCAGGGGAUGAAGCUGAAGCUCUUGAAAAAAAUCCUCAUGCCGGGUGGACUAUACGCUGCAGUACCACUGGCUAAGUCCCAAUCUACACCAUCUGGUAAACCAGGAGAGUCCAGCAACGAAAUUCUACCAAAAACAUUGAUUCGUCCCUCAGAAUUGCCGAUUUACGUACACGACCCACCACCAGAUCAACAAGUCCAACGUGCAAAUGAUCAAGAUUCGGCAGGUUUUUUGGAGCAUGGAUUCGGAGCUGUCCGAAAAAACAUUCAAGACAUCUUGAAUGAAUACAAUUCCGUCACCAGCACCGUCAGUGAUAAAUUUAAUACAGGAAUAGAACAUAGCCAAUUGAUGCUGGAUUACUUACGUGAAGAAACGAAUACGUUACCGCGACUUGGAGCUGUAGCAAUUGGUGGUCUCACUGGAUUAAUAUUCAGUCUUCGCGGUGGUAAAUUCAAACGAUUUGUAUACACAACAACUGGUGCUCUUGGUGUUGCUGCCGUUUGUUACCCGAGACAGGCAGAAGCUGGUAUUAUGGCUGCUAAACAUUAUGCCAACAUUGCUAUAAAUUUUGCUUAUGGAGUUAAGCCUGGAGAGAAACAAAUGGAGAUAUCAUGGCCUGAAUUACCAUCUUUCCAAAUGCCAUCGUCGUUUUCAGAUAUUAUUAAUAUAGUUUCUGAGACAGGUUCCAGUGUAGCGUCUAGUAUUGGUUCAUUGGCUGGUAAUAUAACUGAAGGCGUUGAGGAACAGAAAAAAUCACCAGAGACUGCUUCAAUUCCAAAAGAAAAAUAAAUAAUGUGAAAGAUGGAAUAUUUAGCUCAUUGAUUGAAAUCCAAAGGAUGGACAACAAUUUACAAUCAUGAUAAUUAUUUGAGAUCAACUAUACAGAUCAUUGAAAUUAAUAAAAACGUGUACAUAAUUCA